AUGCGUGUACUAGGCACAGUCGUUUUACUGCUAAUUGUCAGUGCUGUCUUCUCCUUGCCCUCACCAUUAGAGGCAGCUCCGGCCGUUGAUGCGUCACUACGAGUGAAACGUCAAUUUGGAUGGGGUGGCUGGGGUGGAUGGGGCUAUCCAUUUGGAGGAUUAGGUGGCUGGGGUGGCUAUGGUGGCUGGGGUGGCUGGGGGUCUCCGUGGGGAUGGUAUGGCGGUGGUUGCUGCUAG